AUGGUACUUUCUCUUGAUACCGAACUUGCUGCGGCUGUUGCGUCGUUUCUGUCGACUCUGUCCAAUAUGCCCAAGCCGGCAGUCCACGACAUUCAAACUCGGAGGCAGAAUCUAGCUGUCUUUACCAAUCAUGCCACGUCUCCUCCUCCUCCUAUCCCUGACGGCGUUGAGCAGAAGAUACUGUCCGUGACGGCCCAGGACGGACAUGUCAUCCCCCUCUGGCGCAUCGCUCGCAAGCCCGACACCGUGCCAACGCAAAACACGCCUGGUCCCGCAGUCCUGUUCAUGCACGGGGGCGGCUUCAUCGCGUUGAGCGUGGCGCCUUUCGCGGAGGAGCUGCGCGCGCUCGCGCUCGCCUCCGGCGUCGCCAUCUACGCCGUGGACUACCGGCUCGCGCCGGAGCACCCGUACCCGACCCCGCUCGACGACUGCUGGGCCGCUCUGCGGCACAUACACGACAACGCCGGCGCGCUGGGCGUGGACGCCGCCCGCAUCGGCGUCAUGGGCGACAGCGCGGGGGGCAAUCUCGCCGCGGGCGUCGCGCUGCUGGCGCGGGACCGCCGCCUCGCGCCGCCGCUCGCGCGCCAGAUCCUAGCGUACCCCAUGCUCGACGACAGGAACGAUGAGGCAGUGGCGCUCGGGACGCUGACGCUGUGGAACGAAGAGGACAAUGUGACGGGCUGGACGGCGUACCUGGGCGCUGAAGCGGGCGGGGACAGGGUGCCCGUCUACGCCGCGCCUGGACGGCUGACGGAUGCGGCUGGCCUGCCGCCGCUAUACAUCUAUGUCGGGCAGCUCGAUCUGUUCGCCAAGGAGAAUGUGCGCUACGUGUCGCUGUUUCUUGAGGCGGGCGUCGAGGUCGAGCUGCAUCUGGUCCCGGGGCUGCCGCAUGGCUUCAAUGGGCUGGCGGCGGAGCAUUCGGCCACCAAGGAGCUAUUUGAGCAUAAAGUCCGAGGCAUGAAGAAGCUCGCCCAAGACUAA